CUGUCUGGACAAGUGGAAAUUGUAGAUUUCGCUCCUUGGUUUUGCCAUCUGCUCCUUGGUGGCAAUGGUGGCUGGGUACCUUCUAUCUUCCAUUACCAACGCCCGGAUCAGAUCGGAUGGACCGGAUUAGAUCAGAUCGACAGUCCGGGUAAGUUGGCAGAACCGUGUGGUGCACUACUACAAUUUUACUUAUACAGAGGUCGGCAAAAAGCUCUGCAGCGGGAGGGGAAAAAAAAAAAGAAAGAUAAAAAAACGUGAGACUGGGAAGAGGAACGCAGUUCGAGUUCGAGGGUCCAUUUCAAGAAGGUUGAGAAAGUGAGACGAGAAUCAAUAACGUUGCUCGCUUGUGCGCUUUGAAAAUUUUAGGUUUUUAUGGUGAUGAUGAUGGGUUAUCUGGGCUUUCCUUUCUUCUUCGAUUUCUGUUCUUGACUUAUUACUUGAAUUCGGCUAGCUUUGAAGUUUGAGCUCAAAAAACAAACCGCUGAAGGAUAGAGAUUUGGGUUUCUGUGACUUAUUUUUUUCCGACCAGAAAAUGAGUAACUGGUUGGGUUUUUCUCUGACGCCACACCCGAGGAUCGGUGAAGGUUUUGGAGGAGACGGGGGGUUCUCCUCUCAUUUACCUGUUAUGCCAUUGCGUUCCGAUGGCUCUCUCUGUGUCAUGGAUCCCUUCAGCCGGUCUCAUGGAGGAGACUGGAGAUAUGAGAGCGCAAUGGCUACUGCAACUAAUUCACAGAGAGAAGGACCAAAGCUUGAAGAUUUCUUGGGCGGUUACUCAAACUCCUCUCAGGAGAAUAGCAAUGUUUACUAUCAAAACCAACAAGUUUUCCAUCAAAGAGAUCAGAAUCCUAAUAAUGGCUGUAGAAUAAAUGUGAACGUGCCUCCAGCUUUCAACAGUAACGGAGAGAGAGAAAUAGAAGAAAAUCUUACAGACCAGUCUUCCUUAAUCCAAUCCUUGCAUUAUAAUGAGAACCCACAAACCAUACUCCCAACUGUUCACCUUCAAACCGCUGACCCCAACCCCAGUAACAGUCCAUACCAUGUUCAACUUGAUAGUGCAACGUCAAUUGCUGGGUUCAAGUCAUGGUUGCGCCAAACUUCGUUUUCAGGUGAGAAAUCUUCCACUGAAGCCAACAACCGUAACUUUCAGUCGCUCUCGCUCUCUAUGAAUCCCAGUUCUCAGACUGGAGUCACCGCUGUAUCGCCACCGCCGGCGUCUGACAGCCGGAAACGGCCUGUUGGAAAAGCUGCCACCCGAGAGCCGGUGCCUCGUAAAUCAAUCGAUACAUUUGGACAAAGAACAUCCCAAUACCGUGGCGUUACGAGGCAUCGAUGGACCGGAAGAUAUGAGGCCCAUUUGUGGGAUAAUAGUUGCAGGAAGGAAGGACAAACGAGGAAAGGAAGACAAGUUUAUCUCGGUGGGUAUGAUAAUGAAGAAAAGGCAGCUCGAGCUUAUGACUUAGCGGCAUUGAAGUACUGGGGUCCUACUACCCAUAUUAAUUUUCCGCUAAGCAGUUACGAGAAAGAGCUCGAAGAGAUGAAAAACAUGACCAGACAGGAAUUUGUAGCCCACUUAAGAAGGAAGAGCAGUGGCUUCUCAAGAGGAGCGUCUGUAUACAGAGGAGUGACGAGGCACCAUCAACAUGGAAGGUGGCAAGCUCGGAUAGGAAGGGUUGCAGGGAACAAGGACUUGUACCUCGGAACGUUCAGCACCCAAGAAGAAGCAGCCGAAGCGUAUGAUAUUGCAGCAAUCAAGUUCCGGGGGACAAGUGCAGUCACCAACUUCGACAUUAGCAAGUAUGACGUAAAGCGGAUUUGCUCCAGCACCACCCUCAUCACUGGUGAUCUUGCAAAGCGCUCACCUAAGGACUCUACUCCGCCGGUCCCCGAUGAAAACAAUUCCGGUGCAUCUUCAUCUCCUCAUCAACCACCUCCUGCGAUUACCAAUGGUGAACCUUCUGAUGAAUUCGGCGACAUGGUUUGGACAAACACUAAUACCGACGAACAACACCAUCAUCAGCAGAAUGUGAACGCAAAUGAUAGCGUCUCCUUGGUAUCGUCAAUGAGCAAUCCAAAUUCCUCUAAUCCACAAAGCCCAAAAGAAAUUGUUACGUCGCGUAACGACUAUGGUGGGGCCGGAGGAGAUUUCUCUCAGUCUCAGACGACAUUCUUCUCUCUGAACAAUUCCAAGUAUGAGAACGGCACUAAUUGUAGCGAGCAGAGUACGAGCAAUGGCGGAGGUGACAACGUGAACUGGGUGGUGGCAGGGAGGCCGGCGAAUCUCUCGAUGGUUCAUCAGCUUCCAAUGUUUGCAUUGUGGAAUGAAUAAACCCAAGAACCCGGAUCAGGAGUGGUGGACGAAAAUUAAUGAAAGGCUUCAACGGUAGACUAUAUAGCGAUAUGAAUAUUCAUUCAUUUAUGUACAAACAAAAGGAAGAAAAGAAUUGUGAACUAGGAUGCCUGUUUCGAGUAGUGACACAGAAUUUUGAAUGUUCCCUGUGUUCAUUAACUUCUUCCGUCGAACCGUUUUUAGAAUCGGUUUCCGGUGACACCUGAAAAAUGAACAGAAAGAAUUGAAAAAAAAAAGCAGCAGAAAAUGUUACUGUGAUCAAUUUUUUUAUAGAUAUUAAUUAAGUAUGA